UCGAAACUCCGUCUCAAAAAAUAAACAACAAAAAGUCCCAAAGAGACGGUCUUAUUUUGGUCCUCACCAUGCAUGUGAGAGGAGUGAGGGACUUGUGCCACCGUUUUACAAGGAACAUGGCGCUGCUCUGGGGGCUCCUGGUGCUCAGCUGGUCCUGCCUGCAAGGCCCCUGCUCCGUGUUCUCCCCUGUGAGCGCCAUGGAGCCCUUGGGCCGGCAGCUAACUAGCGGGCCGAACCAGGAGCAGGUGUCCCCACUUACCCUGCUCAAGUUGGGCAACCAGGAGCCUGGUGGCCAGACUGCCCUGAAGAGUCCCCCAGGAGUCUGCAGCAGAGACCCCACCCCGGAGCAGACCCGCAGGCUGGCCCGGGCCAUGAUGGCCUUCACUGCCGACCUGUUCUCCCUGGUGGCUCAAACGUCCACCUGCCCCAACCUCAUCCUGUCACCCCUGAGUGUGGCCCUGGCGCUGUCUCACCUGGCACUAGGUGCUCAGAACCACACGUUGCAGAGGCUGCAACAGGUGCUGCACGCAGGCUCAGGGCCCUGCCUCCCCCAUCUGCUGAGCCGCCUCUGCCAGGACCUGGGCCCCGGCGCGUUCCGACUGGCUGCCAGGAUGUACCUGCAGAAAGGAUUUCCCAUCAAAGAAGAUUUCCUGGAACAAUCCGAACAGCUAUUUGGGGCAAAGCCCGUGAGCCUGACGGGAAAGCAGGAAGAUGACCUGGCAAAUAUCAACCAAUGGGUGAAGGAGGCCACAGAGGGGAAGAUUCAGGAAUUCCUCUCUGGGCUGCCGGAAGACACCGUGUUGCUUCUCCUCAACGCCAUCCACUUCCAGGGUUUCUGGAGGAACAAGUUUGACCCGAGCCUUACCCAGAGAGACUCCUUCCACCUGGACGAGCAGUUCACGGUGCCUGUGGAAAUGAUGCAGGCCCGCACGUACCCGCUGCGCUGGUUCUUGCUGGAGCAGCCUGAGAUCCAGGUGGCUCAUUUCCCCUUUAAGAACAACAUGAGCUUUGUGGUCCUUGUACCCACCCACUUUGAAUGGAACGUGUCCCAGGUACUGGCCAACCUGAGUUGGGACACCCUGCACCCACCUUUGGUGUGGGAGAGGCCCACCAAGGUCCGGCUGCCUAAGCUGUAUCUGAAACACCAAAUGGACCUGGUGGCCACCCUCAGCCAGCUGGGCCUGCAGGAGUUGUUCCAGGCCCCAGACCUGCGUGGGAUCUCCGAGCAGAGCCUGGUGGUGUCCGGCGUGCAGCAUCAGUCCACCCUGGAGCUCAGCGAGGUCGGCGUGGAGGCGGCGGCGGCCACCAGCAUUGCCAUGUCCCGCAUGUCCCUGUCCUCCUUCAGCGUGAACCGCCCCUUCCUCUUCUUCAUCUUCGAGGACACCACAGGCCUUCCCCUCUUCGUGGGCAGCGUGAGGAACCCCAACCCCAGUGCACCGCGGGAGCUCAAGGAACAGCAGGAUUCCCCGGGCAACAAGGACUUCCUCCAGAGCCUGAAAGGCUUCCCCCGUGGAGACAAGCUUUUCGGCCCUGACUUAAAACUUGUGCCCCCCAUGGAGGAGGAUUACCCCCAGUUUGGCAGCCCCAAGUGAGGGGCCGUGGCUGUGGCAUCCAGAGUCCCUGCCUGGACCAGCCUCUCCACUCAUGUGACUCUUUCCAACCUGCUUUGUGGCACUGGGGCAGGGGCCGGGGGCAGUCUGAGAGAGGCCAUUCUUUCCCAACACCUCUUGGGGAGUUUAGGGUGGGGGGGCGUGGCUGGGAGGAGGGCAGGCAUCGGGGAGCCGGGAGCCUGACCCUCAUCUUUCUUCCAAACAGGCUCAGAGGGUGUCCUGCACCGGGGCCUGGGCAGGAGGGAGGUGCUUCUAGUUCUGCCAGGAGACAGGUUAGCUGCUCCCCACGUCAGCUGGGACACCCCGACUUUUGUUUACCAGAGAAAAAGGGAGGGGGAGAGGGCUGCCUUUGGACUUGUCCCGGGACACCUAGGCUAGGACGGAGAGAGACGGGCCCUGGUGGUGGCUCGGGAGGCGAAGCGUUGUCCUCAGCCCCGCGUGGAACUCGUGUCUGGCACAGCCUGGCUGUGGCCUAACCUGCCCAGAGUCCAUCAGCCUCCAUCCUACCCCCUGUGCCUUGUCACCCUAGGCUUCCCACGGCUCCUCGAGAUCCCAACACUGCCAGCAUUUCCCUUCCUUCCUCUCCUGUCUCCCUCCUCUGCCCGGGAGUUCAGGAACCGAGGCAGGGAAGGAUCCCAUGAGCUCCUUAAGGCUCUUUUGUAAGGUUUUUGUAGUGAUUUUUAUGCCACCUGAAUAAAGAAUGAAUGGGC